ACUGAGCUAUAUAAUAAUUCCAUGUCGUUGAUUGCAUAUGGUUGAUUGCAUAUAAAUUAUACAAAGGAAUUAUUAUAUAGCUCAGUGGCAGGACCGGAAAAUGGCAGCGCGUUUGCGGAUGAUAGAAGGACAUUUAAAAGCGGACAGUAAACAUAAAAAUUCAGCCACAAGCCGUUAUUUAACUUUUAACAGUCCAUACACUUACGACAAUGGUAUUCUUAACGCAGAACAACGAAAAUUCUACGAUGAGAACGGCUAUUUAGUGAUUCGAAAUUUGGUGAAACACGAAGAGAUCCAAAAGUACAGGCAAAGAUUUGAAGACGUAUGUUCAGGAAAAUCACCACCAAGUCCUGGCAUGAUUAUUAUGAAGGAUGUUUCAAUUGUGAAAUCAGAGUACGUUCAAGGAGAAAAAGCUGUUAACAAGAUUCAAGAUUUUCAACUUGAUGACACCUUGUUUAGCUAUUGCACUCUCCCAGAAAUUAUUAAAUAUGUCGAGUGUUUCACAGGACCUGAUAUAGUAGCUGCACAUACCAUGUUAAUCAAUAAACCUCCAGACAGUGGAGCAAAAACAUCCAGACAUCCGUUACAUCAGGAUUUACACUAUUUCAAUUUCCGUCCUGCAGACAGGAUUGUUUGCUCAUGGACAGCAAUGGAGAAAGUGAACAGACAGAAUGGAUGUCUAGUUGUGUUACCUGGUACUCACAAAGGUGUCUUGAAACAACAUGUUUAUCCUGACUGGCAGAGUGGUGUGAACAAGAUGUAUUAUGGUAUCCAUGAUUUUGAUCCCAACCAACCCCGUGUCCAUUUGGAGAUGGAAACAGGAGACACAGUAUUCUUUCACCCACUCCUAAUCCAUGGCUCUGGCAUGAACAAAACCCAAGGAUUUAGAAAGGCCAUAUCAUGCCAUUAUGCCAGUUCACAUGUGUAUUUCAUUGAUGUGAAAGGAACAACCCAUGAAAAUGUAGCUGAUGAAGUAUUGGAAAUUGCUAGAAGAAGACUAGGACCUGAUGCUGAAUUUACAUUUGAGGAUCUCUGGAAAUUUCGUAUGCGUCAUGUGAAAGGAGAAGAAAUGACAUUUUGAAAGAAUUGUAUUUUAAAAUUAUACUCUCCAAGGGACUCUGGAGGUUCAAAGUGUGUUAAUUUCAAGUGGAAUUAUACACACUUCAAAUUCAAGCCAGGAACAGUUGAUGGAAAAAUGAGUCAACUGUCGUCGGUCCUCCGGCAGGAAUCGAACCUAUGCUUUUGCGAUGCCUGUGUAAUGCUCUUUGCCACUGCGUAGGUUCAAUUCCUGCCAGAGGACCAAUAGUUUACUCAUUUUUCCAUCAACUGUUUCUGGUUUGAAUUUGAAGUGUG